AUGAGGACUGUGGCAGAAAAUCCUGAGCAGGCUACAUUGGAAAAGCCUGGAAAAGGUUCUGGCAAGGUAGUGUUUGAGGACAAAAUCAACAACACCUUGGAGAACUUGGAACAAUUGGCGAAGUGGAAGGUGGAGGAAGAAGAUUCCGAGGGAGGAAAGUUUGAUGAUGAAGAGUCAUCUUCAAGUGAAAGAAAUGAUGAGCUCCCUAUUGUGAUAACAGUUGCUGUGCCCAGAAAAGGAAUCACUGACCAGGUUGAAAACGAGAAAGAAGACAAGGACUCUGAUGAUGAGGAAGAUAUUAAUCUGCAACCAAGUGAUAGUACUUGCAGCAUUGUGAAUCCUUUUGAUUUGUCAUUGUCUGAUUAUCCAGAGGCCAAAAGCCUGGUUUGGGCCAAUGUCCUGCACAUCAAUUCACGUUUCACAAAGAAAAAGGAUAUUUGGGAGAGAAUUGUUGAUGUAGCUAAUGAAGGUGGGGAUGGUGCAGAACCAACUAGUUUGACUAGUGGUUUAUUAGCAGAGGUGUAUGGGGAGAAUGUAAUCAUUGCAAUGAUUGGCGAAUGGUUGGAUGAAACUGUUUUGCCUGUACUGAAGGCUGAAGCAACCAAAUUGAUCAGAGCCAUUGUUGAGCUUGAUCUGGAGAUUAAAGUACCAAAGGCAACAGCUGUGUUGCAAUCACCUCCAGACAUUGCAGCUGUUGAGGAGUUCAAAAAGGAAGUUCGAAAAGUCAUUGCUGAGGUGGAAGCAGGUCUGGCUUUAGAUGAAAUGAACAACUUGACAGAGCAUGACAGUGAUGAAAAAAGUGACAGAAAAGGCAAUGGUCAGGAUGAUGAUAGUGAAGAUGAAGUCAAUCCCAGAACAAAGGAAAACACAGUCAUGGUAGAAAGCACAAAAACACCACAAAAACAAAGGAAUGUGAAGAAGCCAAGAACCUCUGAACGACCAAGCACAAAAACACCCCAAAAACAAAGCAAUGUGAUGAAGCCAAGAACCUCGGAACGACGCAAGAAUUUCAUUCAACUUCCAAGAAAAGCAAACCCAAACCGAAUCCAAAAUCUUACACAAGUCAUGCAAGUUGUUGGUGAUUACAAAGCAGCAAGAGAACAAUUGAACAAUGGUUGUAAGGGUCCAAGACAUGCUGCAAUGGAGAUUGAGGAGGAGUUACCAAAAUGGGAAGCACAAUUGGCCAAAUUGUGGACGAAAAAGAAUGAAAAGUUAGGCCUGUCAGGCCUGAUGAAUGAUGGCAAACGUCCAAGGAGCAAUAGUGAAGGAAGUGAUGAGCUAAUUAGUUCUUUUGCUAAGAAACCACGAGAAGGUGAAGCCCAAGAGGAAGAAGAAGACAAAACAAAAGAAAACCAAGAAGAAGAAAAGGAGGCCAGGGAAGGUAGUGAAGUUUCGGAGAAGAAUGACCAGCCUGCAGAUAUGAUGCAGGUUGAUGGCAAUGACAAUAUUGAAUGA